AUGGCCGCUCUCUUCACCGGGAAGAUCCUGAUGGCCAACCGGGAACGGGACGAGAUGGAAACGGAGCGAGAGCUGGGCCGGGCGCUGGAGAACAAGGUGCUGCUGCUUUACUUUGGUUCGGGGCAGUGCCCGCGGUGCCGCCGCUUCUCCCCGAUCCUCAAGGAUUUCUUCAUCCGUUUGACCGAUGAAUUUUACGUGGAACGAGCUUCUCAGCUGGUCCUGGUCUACGUAUCCCGGGAUGAGACGGAGGAACAGCAGAGAACUUUCCUGAGGAGCAUGCCCAGGCGUUGGCUGGCCGUGCCCUUUGGGGAUUCCUUCAAAAGGGAGCUGGAGCUGCGGUUCUCCGUGGCCGAGGUGCCCACCGUGGUGGUACUGAAACCCAACGGAGACGUCAUCGUGGGAAACGCCGUGGAGGAGAUCCAGCGCCUGGGCACCGCUUGUUUCCGAAACUGGCAGGAAGCUGCUGAGCUGGUGGAUCGAAAUUUUCUCUUGGCAGAAGAUUUUGAGGACUGGAGCAGGAGAAGCAUCACCGACCCCAUCCGUCGCCUCAAGUACAAGCUGGACAAGAAGACGGAGGCGAAGAACAAGGGAAGGAAAGAGGAUGGUGAAGAGUUUUCUUAA